AUGGCUACUAGUGCUGGUAGUAAUGGUUACAAUGCUGCGUAUUACUCCGCCGAGCUGAGAUCCCCUUUGGAGGGCUUAUGUUUAGACGUCUUGUCUGAGGUAGCCCUUUUAUGUCACUUUAUUGAUCACUUAAUAGUAUAUAUGUACCAUAUGAGAUUUACUGGUACUACUAGUGAUGAUAUUAGUGAUGGAAAGAAUCUCAACACAAUUGAGCGCUAUUAG